AUGAGACGACAAAGCGCAAUGUACUGGCUUUCACUCCUGCUGGCGGCUUCGACAGCCCUGGCCAAGACUUCCACCACGACUUCAUUUGAAAUCUGUAAUACGGUCUAUGGCUCGACUUCUACCUUUGUCCGGACGGUCAACAGCCUUUCUACUGCCACGAGCAUCGCUAUACUAACAACCACUUCCACCCCCACUGUAAUAUCAACUGCAGCUGCGAAGACCAUCACCUCAGUGGUAACAGACACAGUUCUCGCGACCAGAAUCCUCGAUCAGAGCACCAGUACCUUUUCCACCACCGUUACAUCGUCAAUCAUCGUGACCGUCUAUGACACCGUUACGGAUAUCGAGACAGUGACCAGCGAUACCACAGUCACUACAACCCCGACCACAACUAUCCCUCCCCCCGCCGACUUCACAGCUGCCUCUGCACUGAGCCAGCCUCCCCCAAUCCUCCAAGGCGUGAAACGGACGCCUUUCGCCAAAGCUGCAGCCGCAGCCCCAGCUCCCCAGACGGUUACGAUCCACGCAGCCCCAGCUCCCCAGACGGUUACGAUCCACGCAGCCCAAGCCAGCGCCGCUGCUGAAGAUGGUUUAUACCCUAGCAUCGUGACCUGUGCCGGCCUCGUUGAGGUCUACAGCACGAGCACCAUCGUCAGAGACGCCACCAAGACCUCCACUGUCGUCGUCACCCCCUCUGCAAAGACAACCACGUCCACAACCCACCCCACCUCCACUAUAACCCUCGUCCCCGUUCCCGCCUCGACGACAGUAACCAUCACUACCAACAUCAUCAAAUCUACCGCAGUGUUGACCACCACCAAGUCCACUGAGACCAAAACAAACACAGCGACGAUCCAAGCCCCCACGCAAACAGAGUACGCCGCCUGCGGGCCAGACAACCAAAUCCGCACCAUCAACGGCCGCAACAUCACCGAGGUAGUCGUCACCGGCACGUACGAGACGAUCUCCUCCUCCACGCCGUACGACUGCUGCGUCGCGUGUCUCAACCACGACGCUCCUUGCGCCGGGUAUCUCGCUGCUGCGGGCGCCGGGUGCUAUCUCAUUCUUCCGGGGAAUGGGAAUUGUACUCCGGGGUCGGAGUUGGUGAAUCUUGGGGAUGGGGUUGAUGGGUUUACGGUUGGGAAUUCGGGGUGUGGGGCUUUUGGGGUUGGCACUUUUGCUUGA